CCCCGCAGUACAAAGCGCUGGAGCAGCUGCCGGGGAUGGACGUACCGAGAGGAGCCGCCUCAGCCGCAUAGGAUUCCCCGUCCCCGGGAGACAGAGCGGACACAGCCCGGGAUCGCAGCCCCAUUCCCGGCAGGAUGAACUCCCUUCUGUUCGGGGAGCUGGCCCGGGCCCCGGAGGCCCCCCCGGCUACGGCCGCCACCAUGGCGCUGCGCAAUGACCUGGGCUCCAAUAUCCAUGUGCUGAAAACCCUCAACGUUCGGUUCCGCUGCUUCUUGGCCAAAGUGCACGAACUGGAGCGGCGGAACCGGCUGCUGGAGAAGCAACUGCAGAACCAGUACCAACAGGAGCAGGAGCAGCGCCGGAGCCGGUUCCGCAUCUUCCGCCGGGAUCAGGGGGUCCAGACCGACCCGAGUAACCUGAACCAACCGCAGCCCCCCAAUAGCAACCCCCCCUACAGCCGCCUCCCCGGGACCAUCUGGAGCUUCACCCAUGUGCGGCGCACCGGCCGCGGCUCCCUGGAAACCGUGCAGGGCCCCGGGGUCUCCUGGACUCACCCCGACGGAGUUGGGGUUCAGAUCGACACCAUCACCCCCGAAAUCCGGGCUCUGUACAACGUGUUGGCCAAAGUCAAGCGGGAGAGGGACGAGUACAAGAUCAAGUGGGAGGAGGAGCUUGCUAAGAGGAUGAAUUUGGAAUCAAUGGUGGAGACCCUGCAAGAGGAGGCGCAGGAGGCUUACAGCGUCCAUGAUGAACUCAAUGAGAAGAUCGAGAGGUUGAAGUCGGAACUGGUGGUGUUCAAGGGUCUGAUGAGUGAUCCGAUGACCGAUCUCGACUCAAAGAUCCAAGAGAAGGCCAUGAAGGUGGAUAUGGACAUCUGCCGGCGGAUUGAUAUCACCGCCAAACUGUGUGAUGUGGCGCAGCAGCGCAACUCUGAGGAUGUGUCCAAGAUGUUCCAGGUGGGGGCGGUGACCAAAAAGCGAGAGCGCAAGUUGGCGUCGGAGGACGAUAUCUCGGAGCAGGACGGUGACGCCGGGAGGUUCUCGGACGAUGAAGUCAGUUGUUCCCUCAACAUCACAGACGAGAUGAAACGAAUGUUUAACCAACUACGCGAGACCUAUGAUUUUGAUGACGACUGCGACAGUUUGACGUGGGAGGAGAAUGAGGACACCCUGCUUCUCUGGGAGGAUUUCACCAACUGCAACCCACCCGUCGAGGUGCCGGCAGAGCAAGAGGAAACCUUGGGGGAUCUGAUCGAAGAAGCAGAGACUUUCCUAACAACCCGAGACAAAGCCUACCAGGAAACCAUUGACCAGAUAGAGCUGGAAUUGGCCACGGCCAAGAGCGACAUGAACCGGCACCUCCACGAAUACAUGGAAAUGUGCAGCAUGAAACGGGGCCUCGACGUACAGAUGGAGACGUGCCGGAGGCUCAUAAAGGGAUCCGCGGGCAGAAAUUCUCCGUCCAGCAGUUCCGUGUCCAGCAGCGACUCCGGGAACUCGGACGAGAUACAGGAGGAAUUCGAGAAGGACGCGGAAGGCAACAGCGCCAUUAGCUGAUAAGCCCCGCCUUGUGGGAGAGGCAGCAAGUGAUGAACCAAUCAGAGACACUGGUUCCCGCCAGAUGGGACUCUGGGGGCGGAGUCCGGUCGCUCCGACAGACUUCCCUCCCCUGAUGUUGGUGCUGUAAAUGUCUAUUCUUCUAUGGAAACAAAAAAAAAAGGUGUAAAUAUUGUUUUGGGGUUUUUUUUUUUGUAAGAAACACAAGUGCUGUUUAAUGUGCCUUCCCCCCUGUAGCGCCACCCUGUGGGCUGAUCCGCAAUGGCCUCACCAAUACAAAGCUUUUGGCUCCCAGAUAUAGCGAAGGAAAGGGGGUGUGUCUUAUGGGGGCUGCGGAGAUCCUCGGGGGCGGUUCCCCUUUACGGCCCCCGUGUGGCGCUGCAGUCGGAAAGGCUGGAGACUUAAUGGCGCUGUGCAGGAAUACUAUGCAAUACGCUUGCCUUAUUUGCCCCUAGGGGGGGCUGCCUCUGUCUUUAAUUGGAGUCACGGACACGUCGGGCGUCAUUGGUAACAGGACCAAACAGGACCCGGACUGUAGCACUUAUAGGGUUAACCCUUCCCGCCAUAGAAGGAAUUUUUUUUUUCAUAAGAAAAAAAAAAAAGAAUGAUUUACAAGGGGAAGUUAAACCAAAUAUGAUUGGCAGGUAGUUCCUCGUAUCUAAGUGGGUUCUGCCUCCUACCAUGUGACACACAAACAUGAUGGGCGGAGCCUGAAACAGAGUUGUUUCUGUAGAGCAACUUUUAAAAAAAAUUCCCUUUGAUUAUUAAGAAGAGAGAAUGUAUAUUGAUGUCAGUGGGGCAAAUUAAUUGCACCCCAUGUUGCACCUUUACUUCUAUGAUAACGUCCCUUUCGAGCUCCCUGAGCAGACGACUGGCUCCUUAACGUAUCAGGAUCAAGCUCCGCCCACGACCCGUCCGAGGCUGCGACUCCGGCAAUCCGUUAUUCCAGUAUAAACUUUAUUUCUUCCUUAAUGCUUAACUUUGCCUUUAAAGCCAUUUCUGUAUAUAAUUGUUAUUUAUCGAACCUCGGUGGCCUUGUGAUUAUAAUGAAUUCCUCUGGGUCCCCGCCCCCGCGGAACCGCCUUCCCGCCCACGCUGUCCCGCUUCCUCUCUCCCUGUAUUGUAGCCAAAGCUCUCCCUCCCUGAAUAACGAAGAGGAAUUGGGGGGUCAGUGUGGAACUUUUUUUUAACCCUUUAUUCCCCUGAUUUUUUCCCCAAAUCUACAAUUCUGCCGAAAUAGCAACAUUUUUGGAUCCGCGGAUUCCCGUAAGCGCGGCCAAUCGUUCCUCUUCUUUAUCGGCAGAUCUGUAAAUAGAUUCUUUGUAUUUUCUACGCAAUUUUGUGUCACAUUGACACCUUUUUUUUAGAAUUUUUUUUUUUUUGUAGGGGAAACGCAAACGUCGAUUUGUUAGAAUCGACUCUCGAAACUGAUUGGCCGCCGGGGUCCUCGGGGGCCGGCCUUGUGCAGUUCCUCGUUGGAAUUACGAAUUUGUGAUUUUGCCAACGAGUCUUCCCCAGGGGGCUGAUGUAAUAAUUCUGUGUAAUGGGGGGGGGGGGUCUCCAAUCAGUGGGCCCCAAUGGGGGUGUAUUUGGGGUUCCCUAAAGCUACCAGCCAAAAAAUAAACAUUACAUAGGCAGAAGCCACAGAACUGAAAUUGGGGGUCCCUCGGGGGGCCCCCCUGUACAUAAGGAGUGGGUGGUGGUGAUUAUAUAAACAUUGCUUUAUGUGGGUGCAUGUAUAGAAAGUCGUAGGAUUUUGGGGGGGGGGUACAGGUACCCAAUUCGUAUUCCCCCCCGGUCCAAAGAUUUUAUGGGGUCAGAAUCACGGACGAAUGUUAUUGGGAAAUUGUAAUCAAAUGUCGGGGUGCAAUGUAUCCGGUAAAGAAAAAAAAAAUAGACUUCCUGGGAAAAUUGACCUAUAACCAUCGACUUCCUGUCCUCUAUUUAUACCGCAAAAAAUUGUGAAUAUUCUAUUUUUAUGAGCGAAACCUUUUUUUUUUUUUCUAAAAGACAAAAAAAUAAAUAAAUUUCAAAAAUAAAAUAAAUCAGUAUCGGA